AACAAUCCACAUUCUAACAAGCCCAGUAUAGCAAACAAAGACAAAUAAACGGACGACUAUUCUUGUCUGAGGCAUACACGCAUCCGUGUAGAACAAGAGGGGGUCUCUACCUGGCUAAGGAUGAACGCUGGCGGCUUUCCCGUCGCUAGAUCCCACUAAGUACGCCGAACAGGAGCUUAUAUUUAAUUCCUAUCUAAACUAAAUGGGCAAAGUGGCACGAUCUACCUCAAAAUUUGGGCUACGGAAGUGUACACAUAAGCAAGAUUGGAUUAGUUUGCUGCCGGAUGAGAUUCUUGUUGCGAUUCUGUCUCGGGUGACACUCAAGGAAGCAGCAACUACUAGCAUCCUCUGUCGGAGAUGGAGAUAUCUUUGGACAUACACUACUGGUAGUUUGAAUUUUGAUGCUUCCAAAACGUUAUACGAAUUGGGACAACGAUGGAAGUCACGUUCAGUCGAGAUGUUUAAUUAUGUUAACUGGGUGAAUCAAGUCUUGAAAUUGCAUCAAGGUUCAUCUGUAGAUGAAUUUAGAAUUUGUUUUGAUUUGGAUGAAAAUUAUUUUAGUGAAGUUGACAGGUGGGUCAAUUUUGCCAUUGAAAAAGGUGUUCAAAGGUUUGAGUUGGAUUUGUCAAAUUGCUUCCAAUUCACCAUGGUUUCUGAUCCCAAUUACAAUUUUUUAAGUUCGGACAAGUUCUCCUUACCAUUUAGUUCAAAUACUCUAAAUCAUUUGCAUUCAAAUAGGCAAAUAGCGAGGCCUCAUGGUUUUGCUGGCUUAACAUCCCUUUCCUUGAAACAAGUUGAUGUGACUCAAGAGGUUCUUGAGUACUUUUUAUCCAACUGUCUUUUACUUGAAAGUUUAUCGGUGGAUGUCUCGAACUGUUUGGUGAGUCUGAAAGUUGCUGGUCCAUCACUCAAUUUGAAGUACUUGCGGAUAUCCGGUUGCCGUUUUUUGGAAAAUUUGGAGAUUUCUGCAAUAAAUCUUGUCUCUUUCACAUACUUUGGACCAAAGAUAAGCGUGCCUCUUAACGAUGUUCCCCUUCUUUCUGAGCUAUCUAUUGGGUUUGAAUACGCUGUGUAUUUUAUUAAAGAACCUCACCAGCAUUUGCAUUAUUUCUCUCAACUAGAGACUCUUAAAUUGGAUCUUUAUUUUCUUCGUGGUGAGUUAUUUAUACAAUUCCCGGGCGAAUUUCCUGAAUUGAGAAAUCUCAAGAAUUUGGAAUUGAUGGUUCAAUCAUGGAGUCACAUUGAUCUCAGUCAUUUUACUUCCUUGAUAAAGGCAUCUCCUUUCUUGUCUAGAUUCAAAAUCCAGUUGCUAUCUGAAGAGUCCCGUGCACAGAGGAAGGCAAUGCGAAAAUACCGUUGUUUUGAUAGAUUAGAACGUGAAGCUACAAAUUGUCAUCAAUGCCUUAAAGUGGUGGAGUUGGUAGGGUUUAUUGGGCAUGGAAGUGAUGCUGAACUUGCUUCUCAUUUGAUUGAGAUUGCCGUGUCACUUGAGAAGAUGACUAUCAAUUCUUGCAGUCCAUAUGUAUUGGGGUCCCCUGGGGAGUUUGAGGAUAAUAAAGUGAGAAGGGCAGCUAGAAAGCGUGCCGAGAAGCUAAGAACAAAAUUACCUCUGGGGGCUAAACUGGAGAUAAUUUAAUUUAAAAUGUUAAUGAUAUAGUUAAUGAUGCUAAUGUUACUGUUCUGUUAAUUAGUAUAGGCAAAUACUAUGCAAUGGUUAAUUUAAGUGUUGAUAAUAUAAUUAGUGAUGUUGAUGUUC